UCUAGACACAGUCUGCUUGCAAGGCAGCUCCUCCUAAAAAAAAUAACUUUAAAAAUCUUCAAUCAGGAAUCUCUAGAAUGCGAAGGAUCCAGGACUGUAAGAAGCCGUAGCUGCUAAAAGAAAUUAAAAGGGAAAAAAUGAUUUGCUUGCUGUGGUUUCACUGGAUUUUUUAAAAUUGAUAUUUAAUUCUAAUGUCUCAUAAUCUUUGCUUCUGCGACUUUAAGUUUUCAAUAUUUUGAAAAGCUCUGUUCCUACUUGACUGCUAUCUCCUUGGAUUCUAAGGCAAUACAUGGGUUUUAAUUUAAUGACACAACAGCUUCAUACACCACUGGGAUUAAUAUAAUGGCAAGUACAUGACUCAAUACUAUUAAGUACUCAAGGGUGUAUUCCAGUGGGCAAACUUACCUUAAUACUCCCUUUCUCCAUUCAUCUUCUUCAGAUGGCUACAGAAACCAGUGAAGGGACCUCUUUUGAAACGAUUAUGAACAGUUCUAUCAAUGGAUCCACCGCCGGGCCACAAGGAUCGAGUUCCAUGGAAGAUCUGGUGGUCACUUUCUGCAUCGGGACCAUCCUGUCUUUCAUGUGUGUGAUUGGGGUCACGGGCAACAUGUACACCUUAGUGGUGAUGUGCCACUCCAUGCGCUCAGCUGCCUCUAUGUACAUCUACAUCAUCAGCCUUGCCCUGGCAGACCUUCUUUAUCUCAUCACUAUCCCUUUCAUCGUCUGCACCUACUUUAUGAAGGUAUGGUACUUUGGGGACAUCGGCUGCAGGAUCCUUUUCAGCUUGGACUUUCUGACCAUGCAUGCCAGCAUCUUCACCUUGACAAUCAUGAGCACUGAGCGCUACUUUGCUGUUCUCAAGCCCCUGGAUACGGUCAAGAGGUCUAAAAGCUAUAGGAAAGCAAUUGCUCUACUGGUCUGGGCAGCUUCCUUCUUACUGACUCUCCCUAUGAUUAUCACAAUCCAACUUGUGCAAAUCGGGGAUAAGAGCAUCUGCCACCCAACUUGGAACCCUCUCUCCUACAAGAUCUACAUCACCAUACUCUUCUGCACCAGCAUUGUAGCUCCAGGGGUCAUCAUCGGGUAUCUUUACAUCCGUUUGGCCAGGACUUACUGGAUCUCCCAGACAGCUACUUUCAAGCAGACCAAGAGACUCCCCAAUCAGAAGGUUCUAUAUCUCAUCUUCACCAUUGUUUUGGUCUUCUGGGCUUGCUUCCUGCCAUUUUGGAUCUGGCAGCUCAUAGGCCAGUUCUAUGAGUCCUUCCCGGUCUCCUCUAAGGCAAAGAGGAAUAUCAACUAUUUGACCACCUGCCUGACCUACAGCAACAGCUGCAUUAAUCCGUUCCUCUACACGCUUCUGACCAAGAACUAUAAGGAGUAUCUGAGGAACAGGCAGAGGGCUUGGGCCAGCACUGGCUAUUUUAACAGGCGGAAUCGCUCCCAGAGGUCACAGCGGAGGUCCCUGUCCUCCAGCAGCCAGCACUGCACAGAGUCAUUCAUGCUGACACAUGUUGCAGGGGGCAACAGCAGCUUUUAAGGGGAGGACGGAAUGUGGCACUAAUGUUUUAGGAUGACCCGGACAGUCCAGCCCUGCCCACCACCCCAGUGCCAACCCAGAAGAAAUAAAAGGAUUUUCCAGGUGUUUUUUUUCUUUUUUUUUUGUACUGAAGACAACUUAUUUCAGAUGGUUUUAAGCACCUCUCUUGAUUAGCAGUGGAUACAGAUUUUAUUCUGCACCAAUCCAGACUCAACAGAAUGAACACUCAAUUUCACUUGCCAAAGCUGAAGAUGCUACUUUUUAUGAGUAACCUAUUUGCUAAAGUGGGUGAUCUUUUGAUAAACUGUAGAAACUGAAAACAGCUGAAGCUGUUACUGACAAGAGCCAACAUAUAUGCAUGAAGACACUAGAUAGUUUUUAAACUCACUCAUUGCAUGUCACUGACUGCUUCAACUGUACGAUCAUGUACUGAAACUCCAUGGAUAUAAGUUAAACGUCAUAUACUAAGCAUGGUCUGGCAGCGGUAAACAAGGGUUGAUAAUGUUAAUGUUAAAAAUGAUACAAAAUUCUUGCCCCCUGAAAUCACACAGCUCUGCUUCACAUCACAAAACCAAUCUCACAUGAGCAAACCAUAUGAUCUUCUAUAGCUAUCCAGGAGCUGGGAGCAAGUAUGAUGGAAAAGUUCCAUAGGAAACUACAAGGGCACUAAAGGAAAGAACAUUCAAGGCAUGAAAAACUGCAUUUUUACAAAGCAGAACACUAAGGCCCAGAUGUUCGAAUGGUUUGCAUACCGCGCAGAGGGUUAUGCACAUCGCAAAUGGCUGUUAUGCGCGAAUGUGCAAAAUGUGCCAUAUUCAAAACUUCUUUUUGUGUGCCACAAUCCGUUUUGCACUGUGCACAAAUAUAAUGUAUGCAUAGCACAAUUUGACCGGCGUGGCCAACAAUUUGCGAGAUCCUGCCAUGUUCGAAAGUGUGCGCCAAGCACAAAAACAGUUUUGCGAGGCACAAAAUAAUGCUUUUAAAAAGCAAGCCUUAACUCUUCAGCACGCUUUCUGAAAGAAUAACUCCCAAAACAGAAUAAAGAGUACAGCGCGGUAUCAUAGUACAAUACUGCCGGUAUGUAACAUAGACCGAGCUGACAGAUACUAAACAAUUACCUGUACAAGGUAUAUAUGCUAUAAUUUUUUUUUUUUUUUAAAAACAGGUGAUUCCAGCUGGAUUAUUAAUAUUAUUAAUUGUUGUUGUUGUUGUUGUUAAUGUAUGUAUGUAUUUUCUUAUAACAGACACAGUUCAUCACUCCAGACAUGGAGCAAUAACGGUUUGAUAAGUGGGGUCACGGCUAAUACUGAGAGAGAGAGAAAAAAAGGAUGUUACUAUAAUAGAAAAUUUCUAAUGUAAAUGCAUUAG